AUGGCUCCUCCUCCAUCCGACGGACAGCUUGGGAGCGAGCCGACGAUGGAAGAUACCAAGUCUCUUCUCCCGUACCGCACCGUGGACUCCUCGCUGCGCGCUCUGGCCGGGCAGGCCGAGGGCUUCGGCCGGCACGCCAUCGGCGGCCUCCACGGCGACGUCUACCACGUCACGAACCUGGACGAUGACGGCCCCGGUUCCCUCCGAGAGGGAUGCCGACGGCGCGAGCCGCUAUGGAUCGUCUUCGACCUGUCCGGGACCAUCAACCUCUCCUCGGGCGUGCGCGUGUCGUCCUACAAGACCAUCGACGGGCGCGGGCAGCGCGUGAAGGUGUCCGGCUGGGGCCUGCAGCUGAGCGAGUGCGAGCACGUGAUCGUGUGCGCGCUGGAGGUGGAGGGCGGGCGCGGGCACGACGCGGACGCGGUGCAGAUCAAGCCCCGGUCCAGGCACGUCUGGGUGGACCGCUGCACGCUGCGGGACUUCGACGACGGCCUCGUGGACGUGACCGGCGGCAGCACGGACGUGACCAUCUCCCGCUGCCACCUCGCGUCGCACGACAAGGCCGUGCUCAUCGGCGCCAGCAGCGCCCACGUCGAGGACCGCGGCAUCCGGGUCACCAUCCACCACUGCUUCUUCGACAGCACCAGGCAGAGGCACCCGCGCGUCAGGUUCGGCAGGGUGCACCUCUACAACAACUUCACCAGGGACUGGGGCAUCUACGCUGUCUGUGCCAGCGUUGAAGCACAGAUUAUCUCCCAGUGCAACAUUUACGAGGCAGGAAAGAAGAGCGAGGUCUUCAGGUACAAGGAAGAGCAGGCAGCAGACAAGGAACAAAGCGCAAGGGGGUACAUCAGGUCCGAAGGCGACCUGUUCCUGAAUGAUGCAAAGCAGCACGCUGCUGCUGCUUCAGAAUCAGACGCUGCAAGAGAUGAGCCAUGGGACUUCAAGGUCCAGGACUCCUACGAAUCUUGUUCGGUCCAGCCCGCGUCAGCGGCGCUCAAGGUGCUCCUGCAGAGCUACGCCGGUUGGCAGCCGGUUCCGCUCCCGGCAGACGUUUCUCUUACAGAAGUUGACCCUGCUGAUGAUACCGCCUGA